AUGUCCAACGCGCCUCCAGACUACUAUGUGAUCCUCGACAUACCACCCCAAGCUACCCAACAGCAAAUCCGAGAUGGCUACAAGAAACAAGCCUUGAAAUCGCACCCCGACCGUGUCCCCUCUGACUCCUCUGAACGCCCGGCCCGCACCAAGAAAUUCCAGCAAAUCAAUGAUGCAUACUACACACUUUCAGACCCUACUCGUCGCCGCGACUACGACUCAGCCCGCUCUUACCACGGUUUUCCCACUGGUGGCGAAGACAGCGAUCCUGACACUGAAGACAUACCUCGCCAAGAAAAGCCAUCUGGUGGCUCUGGUGGCUUCCCCUGGUCUGCGUUUGGUUUCGGUGCGAAAAAUACACAAGAAGAAGAACACUUCAGCAAUGAACAGUUCGGAGGUAUUUUUGAGGAGAUGUUGAGAGAGGAAGGGAUGGCAGAAGGCAAGGAAGCGAAGCCUACCAACAAGUUUUGGAGCAUGGUAGGAGGUCUUAGUGGUGGAGCUAUGGGCUUCAUCGUUGCAAACUUCCCAGGGGCUAUCGCAGGAGCAGUGGCGGGGAACAGGUUAGGAGCAGUGAGAGAUGCAAGAGGGAAGAGCGUCUACAGCGUGUUCCAGGAGCUACCCCAAGGCGACAAGGCUAAAUUGCUCAGCGAAUUAGCUGCGAAGGUGUUCGCUCAUGCGGUCGGGUCGUAA